AUGGAGUCUUCUGCUCUCCUCCCUGCUCAGGUGUCGGGGAGCACCAGCUGGGAGUCUCCCAGGGCUCUCUUUAUUUCUUCGGGCUCCGUCAUGUCGUGUUUCACGCAGCUGUGGCACUCCAACACACCAGACUCUCCCACCAGCCCAGUCCCUGCAUCUCCAAGUGAAAUCCCCAUCCCCAUCAGCCCCAUUGUUGUCACCUCCCCAGGAGAUGGCAAGAGGAAGGCGAGGUCCCCAACUGACAAGCCAGGCUCUCCGAACCCAACGUCUCCAAAGCCAACCUCCCCUGUUGAGUGUUCCAUUUGCUUCAACACCUACGACAACACCUUCAAGACGCCCAAGCUGCUCCAGUGCUCCCAUGUUUUCUGCCUGGAGUGUGUGGCCCGCUUGAGCACGGGGCUGCCCCCAAACCAACCAGAGGACCAGCUCCCCUGCCCAUUCUGCAGGCAGCUGACCAGCAUCCCUCUGGAAGGUGCCCCAGCACUCCAGACCAGCAAGGAACUCCUCGCCACGCUGCCUCCUGAACUCCAGCAGGAGAAGGUGCUCUGGAUGGAAGGGACCAAGCUGUGCUGCCGUCAGGCAUCUGAUGACCCUGAGAAUCCAGACUCCUGUAUCUCCAUUGAUGUUGCCAUGAGCAAACCAGAAAGCCCAGAGGCCCCUCCAGCAGGGUUAGUUGGGAGGUUGUCCCGCUGUGACAUGUGUGAUGACUGGAAGCGCAUAGUCCUUCUCUCUGCGUUGAUCAUCAUCCUGUUCUGCAUCAUUCUGUGGCCAGUCCAGUGUGCUCUGAAGACGGGGAACCUCCGCUGCUUCACAAGGACUGUUGCAAUCAGCAGGCCAGAGUAUCUUCCCCCUAAACACACCACAACGGCAGCGCCCGUGACACAAUUCCCUUUCCAGUAG